AUGGUCGACACUGUUAUUAAUAAGUACCUCGAAACACAAUUAGCGUUAGCUAAACAAAAACAAGUUUCAAAAACUACGUCAAAAGAGGAUCACAUUUCUGAUAAGAGUAAAGCAGCUGCUGGUCGUCUCUCAAAGAAGCAAAGCAAACAAAAAAACCAACACCGUCAUCAGGAAAAUCAUGACAAAUCGUCAAAAGAUGUAGAUGAUGAAGAGGAAUAUGUCGCCUCAUCAGAAGACGAUUGCGAAUUGCGAUUACCAAAUAUUGCAGGCUCGUCUCGUUCAAAACACCAUGUUUCCAAAAUAGUAGACGACGGCGAUACUAAACUCUACAACGACAGGGUAGCGAAGUGGAGACAAAGUUUAAGUGACGUUCAAAGUGGAAACUUAAGUGUGCCGUACAUAUCUGCUGAUAUACAGUAUGUUUUAGAUGGCAAUAAACAACCUUUAGAAAGUCAUGAACUACAAAAUGGUCUGUGUAUCCCUAACUACAUUUGGAAACAACUUUAUAGAUACCAGAGGGUUGGUGUUAAGUGGUUAUGGGAGCUCCACCAGUCACAGUCAGGUGGCUUAUUAGGUGAUGAAAUGGGCUUAGGCAAAACUGUUCAAGUAAUAGCAUUUUUAGCUGGUUUAGCAAAUACUGAUAGUCUCACACGCAGCGGUCUGGGGGCAUCUAUUAUUGUUGCACCAGCUACAGUCAUAUUUCAAUGGGUGUCACACUUCCACUACUGGAGUCCAUCAUUGAGGGUAUCUGUUCUUCAUCAAGCUGGUUCACACUGUGGAAAUCAUCACAAGCUAAUUAGAAAUUUACAUGAAUCACAUGGAGUUCUCUUGAUAACAUAUGCAGGCUUAGUCAAAUAUGCGAAAGAUCUCCAGGCUAGAAAGUGGCAGUAUAUAAUUCUUGAUGAGGGUCAUAAAAUCAGAAAUCCUGAAACACAAGUGAGUAAGCUGGUUAGAAAGUUUGAUACUCCACACAAACUUCUUAUUACAGGGUCACCUAUGCAGAAUAGUCUGCAAGAAUUGUGGUCACUCUUUGAUUUUAUGAGACCAGGCCUCCUAGGGACUCAUACUGCUUUUAUGGAACAUUUUGCAGUACCUAUCACUCAGGGUGGGUAUGCUAAUGCUACUGAGAUUCAAGAAGCUACUGCCCUAGAAAUUGCAAAGGCCUUAAAAGCAAUAAUAACUCCAUACAUGUUAAGAAGAACAAAAGCAGAGGUUCAAGAAUUUAUUCACCUGCCAGAAAAGAAUGAGCAGGUACUCUUCUGUGCUCUAUCUCAAGAACAAAGAGACUUGUAUAUGGGUUACCUAAUGAGCUCAACUGUACGAUCUAUUCUGGAUAAAGAUAACAAGCUAGGAGAUCCACUUAGAGCUAGAAUUCUAGUUGCAUUGUCAACAUUAAGGAAGAUUUGCAAUCACCCUGAUAUUUAUCUUUAUGAAGCAUUUGAUGAUAGUCAAGAAGUCAAUGAAGAAACAUUUGGCCAUUGGAAGAGAUCUGGUAAAAUGUCUGUUGUUCACUCAUUACUUAAAAUUUGGCACAAGCAAGGACACAGGAGUUUAAUUUUUACUCAAUCCCGAGCUAUGCUCUGUAUUUUAGAGCAACAUUUACAGAAGCAUCAGUUUAAAUACCUCAGAAUGGAUGGCACUGUAAGUGUUAGUCAAAGACAAAGCAUGAUUAAGACUUUCAAUGAAAAUGCAGAAUAUUUAGUAUUUCUAGCUACUACUAGGGUUGGUGGUCUAGGUGUUAAUUUAACUGGAGCGGAUAGGGUAAUCAUAUAUGACCCAGAUUGGAAUCCAGCCACUGAUAAUCAGGCUAAAGAAAGAGCAUGGAGGAUAGGGCAGCAAAGAAAUGUUACAGUUUACAGACUUCUUUCUGCUGGAACAAUAGAGGAAAAAAUUUACCAAAGGCAAAUAUUCAAAAACUUUUUAAGCAACAGGAUACUGGUAGACCCCAAUCAAAAAAAUGUUCUUACAACAAGUACCUUACAAGGUCUUUUUACUCUUGAAGAACUGAAUUGUGAAGGAGAUACAGAAACUGCAUCCCUGUUCAAACAUACAAAAGUUGCUAUUCAUGAAAAGAGAAAAUUAAAUUGCAAGAAAAAUACUUUAACAUUGGCUAAAAAUAAAAUAGCAGCAAUGAAGAAAUUAGCUAAGCAAAUAAGUAGAAAAAUUGCCAAAUCAGCAGAAUCUAAAGCUGCAGUAACGGAAGAUCCUAGAGAGGCAUAUAAAAAGAAAAGGGAACUGACAUUACACCCUCCACAUCAAGAAGAAGCACCAAAAGUUAAUACACUUGAUGGAAAGGCGGUGAAUGCUCCAUUUGAAAAUGUGUUGUCUGAAUUAGACAUAAUAAAUCAACAUGUAAAAAAGGAUUAUGAAGAGAACCUAAUAAAUGAAACCCUUAACAAAGCUGAAGUUGAAGUCUCUUGUAUUGAAGAGGAGGUAGUAGGCAAUACAGAAAAUAAAGUUGAUAUCACUGAAACACUAACAAAGACAAAUAGUGAUGAUAAUGAGAAAAGUAGAAAAAGAAAACAUUCUGAAUCAGAACCUAAAAUAGAAAGUUUAGUUGCUGUUAAGAAAGUGAAACUUAAGAAGGAUAAAAAAGAAAAAGAUAAAAAUCUAAAUGAUGAUGACUAUGUUCUAACUAAACUAUUUGCAAAGGCUGGUGUAAAAAAUGCCUUGCAACAUGAUGUAGUUGUCGGUUUAGCUGAAAAGGAGAAACGAUUAAGAAUGAAAGAAGAGGCUACCAUGAAAGCGAAGAAAGCUGUUCGAGCUUUAAAGUUUUCGUCGUAA